AUAAAAGUCCGCCCACCUCUCCACUAUCUCCGAGCAAUUCUUGAUCGAGAGAGAUGGGCGCAUUACCAUGGCAGAGUACGGAGGUGGGAAAAUGGCUGGGAUUCGUGACAGCGGUUUGGGUACAGUGCAUCUCCGGCAACAACUACACCUUCUCCAACUACUCCGACGCCCUCAAAACCCUCAUGGGUCUCACCCAACUGGAGCUCAACAACCUCUCCGUCGCUAAAGACAUCGGAAAAGCCUUCGGUAUACUAGCCGGUCUCGCCUCCGACCGCCUCCCUACUCCGGUCCUCCUCCUCAUCGGUUCCCUCGAAGGCCUCGUCGGAUACGGUGCACAGUGGCUCGUCGUUCGGCAGUCCAUUCCUCCCCUGCCUUACUGGCAGAUGUGCGUGUUCCUCUGUAUGGGCGGCAACAGCACAACGUGGAUGAACACGGCGGUUCUGGUGACGUGCAUACGCAAUUUUCAUCGUAAUCGUGGCCAUAAUCGUGGCCCGGUCUCAGGGAUACUCAAGGGCUACGUGGGACUCAACUGCACCGCCAUCUUCACCGAUCUCUGCUCUGCACUUUUUACCGACGACCCGGCCUCUUUCAUCCUCAUGCUAGCCGUCAUACCUGUUGUUAUCUGCGCCAUCGCUAUGAUCUUCCUCCGUCAGACUCCUCCGCCGUCAACAUACACCGGCGAUGAUACCGAGAAUCGAUAUUUCUGGUGGAUCAACACGGCGGCGGUGCUCAUCGCGGUUUAUCUCCUCGCCUUCGAUCUUACGGGAGAUCACGGAGUGGUCGUCUCUCGGAUCUUCUCCGCUGGUCUCAUCGUUCUUCUCGCCGCUCCGGCUAUCGUGCCGGCGUUCCUCUGGUUCAAGGCCCGAUCAUCCUCGCUGCGAGCGGCUACUUCAGACCUGGAGGUGGCCGAGAGUCAGAUUCAAGCGCCGCUCCUCACCAGCAGCAGCACGGAGGAGAAAAAUUUACCGGUGGAACCGGCAGAGUGCGGCGAUCGGGGAAAGCAGGUUCAGAAGAGAUUGGAGAUCGGAGAGGACCAUACUAUAUGGGAAGCUAUGAGGAAAUUGGAGUUCUGGGUAUUGUUCGUCUCGUUUCUCUGCGGCGUGGGAACAGGGAUGGCUGUAAUGAACAAUAUGGGGCAGAUGGGUCUCUCCAUGGGCUACUCCGACGUCUCCAUCUUCGUCUCUCUCAUCAGCAUCUGGGGCUUCUUCGGCCGCAUCGCAUCGGGCUCUAUCUCAGAGCAUUUCCUCAAUAAGAGUGGAACACCAAGACCUUUAUGGAAUGCAGCCUCUCAAAUUCUCAUGGCUGUCGGAUAUAUCGUGAUGGCCGUUGCCUUGCCGGGAUCUCUCUACAUUGGCUCCAUCGUUGUCGGCAUAUGCUACGGCGUCCGCCUUGCCAUCUCCGUCCCGACUGCUUCGGAGCUCUUCGGACUCAAAUACUAUGGCCUCAUCUACAAUGUCCUCAUCCUCAACCUCCCCCUAGGCUCUUUUCUAUUCUCCGGCCUUCUCGCCGGUUUACUCUACGACGCUGAGGCCACCGAGACUCCUGGCGGCGGAAACACAUGUGUCGGCGCACAUUGCUAUCGGCUCGUGUUUGUUAUUAUGACAUUUGCUUGCUUUGUUGGGUUUGGAUUGGAUGUGUUGCUAGCGAUCUGGACAAGAGGUGUUUAUUUAAAAAUUCAUAUGAACAAGAAGUUAAAUAGGAGUGAGAUACAGUAGGUGAAUGGUAUUGGGAAGUUUUGGUGUAGAGAGUGAAGUCAAUUUGUUUAGUUGGUGUUUUUUAGGUUGGUGUAAGUGUUAGUGUUGUAAUAUGACAUCUUAAGAGUCGAAUCUUUGCUUUAUUUACAGCUAAUAUAGUAGUUAUUCAACCAA